AUGUCAGAAUGUUAGGUUUUGACAUUUCUCCUUCUGUUGGAGUGGAUGUCAGAAUGUUAGGUUUUGACAUUUCUCCUUCUGUUGGAGUGGAUGUCAGAAUGUUAGGUUUUGACAUUUCUCCUUCUGUUGGAGUGGAUGUCAGAAUACUAGGUUUUGACGUUUCUCAUUCUGUUGGAGUGGAUGUCAGAAUACUAGGUUUUGACGUUUCUCCUUCUGUUGGAGUGGAUGUCAGAAUACUAGGUUUUGACAUUUCUCCUCCUGUUGGAGUGGAUGUCAGAAUACUAGGUUUUGACGUUUCUCCUUCUGUUGAAGUGGAUGUCAGAAUACUAGGUUUUGAUGUUUCUCCUUUUGUUGGAGUGGAUGUCAGAAUACUAGGUUUGACGUUUCUCCUUCUGUUGGAGUGGAUAUCAGAAUACGAUCAUUUUCACCAAUCAGCUUUUUGUAGGGGACGGAAUUGAAAUGUUGGCACCUUCCUCCUCUUUUUCUU